AUGCUUUCAGCUGUAAGAACAGCCAGGCUUAGAUCAUUGAUCAAACACAGCCGUACGAUUCAUAGCAGUUCGAAACAUCUGUCAAGCACUGAAGCUGCCCCGGCUGCUCGUCCAGCACACUAUGACACCUCCCAGAAGCUUUCAGCUAUCGAUGCGGUAAAAGAGAGACGACUCAAGGCCGGAAAGCUGGUCGCUGGAGUUGCUGCCGCUUCUGAUAGUGAUAUGUUCAAAGGCCCGACGACAGGGCUGCCCAAGUCUAAGCGAUGGGAUAACCAUCUCAGUCAUGAGAGCAAAGUAAGAGAGCCAUGUACACUUAAACAAGCAGCUCGCCAUAUGAAGAAGCCCGGUCUCAUCUCCCUAGGGGGCGGCUUACCAUCCAGCGAAGUCUUCCCCUUCGCCGAGCUCGGCUUCAAGGUCCCAGUGGCUCCCAAAUUCUCAGAGAAGGACACGGAAGAAUCAGGCCAAACCGUCACAAUUGGAAAAUACGACGUUAGAGACCGUGGGGGUACUUAUGAUUUGUCCAUCGCCUGCAACUACGGACAAGCUACAGGGUCCCCUCAGAUGAUGAGAUACCUGACGGAGCACACUGAGAUUGUGUACAAACCCCCUUAUGCAGACUGGAAAGUUUGUCAAACUAUUGGAAGUACCGGAGCACUAGAAGAGGCACUACGGAUGUUCUGUGAUAAGGACCGUGGUGAUUCUGUACUCACCGAAGACUUUAGCUUCUCAACCGCCUUGGAAACCGUUGGACCUCUUGGCAUCAAGGCCUUUGGUGUUUCCAUUGACGAGCAGGGCCUGAUUCCAGAGGCUAUGGAUGAGCUUCUGUCGAACUGGGAUGCUAAAGAGCGAGGCUCCCGAAAACCUCAUCUGCUAUACACCGUCCCCUCAGGCCAGAACCCCACAGGUGCAACGCAAGGGACCGAAAGACGCAAGGCGAUUUACGCCGUGGCACAGAAGCACGAUAUAUACAUCAUCGAAGACGAGCCGUAUUACUUCCUCCAGAUGCAACCCUACACAGGCCGCAACCAACCCGAUGUUCCGCCACCAAAGACGGUAGAUGAAUUUGUCUCAUCACUCAUUCCUUCGCUUCUGAGCAUAGAUGUUGAUGGUCGAGUUAUGCGCAUGGACUCGUUCUCAAAAGUGCUUGUCCCAGGAUCUCGUCUAGGAUGGAUCACUGCAUCGGAGCAGAUCGUAGAGAGAUACAUUCGACACGCUGAAGUUGCGAGUCAAGGCCCAAGUGGCUUCUCACAGGUCAUUCUGUAUAAGUUGCUCGACGAGACGUGGGGACAUGAGGGAUACUUGAGAUGGUUGAUGAACUUGCGGCUGGAGUAUACCAAGAAGCGAGAUGCUCUCCUGGCCGCAUGCGAAGAUCAUCUACCAAGUGAUCUCGCCAGCUGGACGCCUCCCGUAGCUGGCAUGUUUAUGUGGAUCAAUAUUGAUUAUACAAAGCAUCCCGACGCAGGAAAGCGAAGUAUCGUCGAUAUAGAAGAGGAAAUCUUCAACUUAUGCAUUGAGAAUGGCGUGCUAAUCGCUAGAGGCUCGUGGUUCUUGACUGAAAAGGACAAGGCACCACCAGGACUGUUCUUUAGGGCGACGUACGCAUCUGCUACACCUGAGAAUAUGAACAAGGCUAUUGAGAGGUUUGGAAAAGCUGUUAGGGAUAGCUUUGGACGAAAGUAA